AUGAAGCUCUUCAAAAGUACAUUAUUUUCGCGCCUCUUGGCAUUCCUCCUCCUGAUCGGCUUGCUGUCCCAAGUCCUCGCAGCCCCAACUCCCCUUGAGUUGGAUGAAGUCGAAGAAAUCGGCGGCAGUCUCGAGUCACGCUCUCCUAGCGGCAGAGGCAAAGGAAGAGGUGGCAAUAGAGGAGGCGGCAGAGGAGGAAGCCGGGGAGGCAGCAGAGGAGGCGGUAGGGGCGGCGGUAGAGGCGGCAAUAGUGGCAGCAGCAGCAAGCCCAAAUACCCUACAGUCGAGGAGGUCGAGAAAGCACUGGAUGUCAAAAAGAAUGCCGCCAUCUUCUACUCCGGGCCGGAAAAACACGCAAUUUUCCAUAAGACCUACGAGGACCUGACCAACAAAGAAAUUGGGAAACGCUCCUAUCUCAAGAAUUACAAGACUGUGCGUGAAUCGUUCAAUCCCUCCAACUGGGCCAAGAAGUACAUUAGGCAAAAUAAAAUCAAGGACCAGAGAAAGUUCUGGGAAAUCGCUUCUAAGGCCUACGCCAACAAAGCGGAGGGUACGGUCUACGUCAUGCUGCCUGAGGAGCCGGGAACCAAAUGGCAUGAGAAUACUAUUUGGGACAAGACCGAAUGGCCUACCCUAAAGGCCAGUCAUAAAGUUCAAAAUGUGAUCCGCAUCAACCCAGACAACGACCACCAGGAGGCUAUCAAGGGUAAGGUGGUCGCGGAGGAUGACGAAAAGACCGACGACAAAAAGGACGACCAAAAGGACGACAAAAAGGAUGGCAAGAAGCACUAG